AUGGGAGAGGAAUUCGAGAGUACAGCUUUGAGUAAAAAAGAGCAGCGCAAACUCAAAAAGCUUCUGCGCAAAGCCAAGAAGGAUGAGGAAGAAGAUGACGGCUUAGAUUUAGAGAAACUGAACGAAAGCGCAAGUGAAGAAGAGGAACUGGAGUUGGAUCAGGAAUCUAACAGCGAGGACGAAGAGGAGUCUGACAUUCCGCUUUCUGAGGCAGAAUUGGAGCCAGACGCAGACGUUGUGCCGCACACAAAGCUUACCGUGAACAAGGUGGCUGCUCUGAAACAGAGCCUUGCAAGUUUUGCAUUGCCAUGGGAUAAAUUACCGUUUGAUGAACAUCAAUCUGUUACGUCAUCAGAGAGAGUGGAUACGCAAGUCAAGGACGUUUUCGACGAUACAGAACGCGAGUUGGCGUUUUAUAAGCAGGGGUUGGAAGCUGCCAAGAUCGCCCGCCAAAAGCUCCUUGCAUUAAACGUUCCCUUCACCAGGCCCCCAGACUAUUUUGCAGAAAUGGUCAAAUCGGACGCACAUAUGGACCAACUGAAGGUGAAGCUGAUUAAAGAAGCUUCUGAAAAGAAGGCUAGAGAGGAGGCCAGAAGACAGAGACAAUUAAAGAAGUUUGGUAAGCAAGUUCAGAACGAGACCCUGCAAAAGAGACAGAAGGAGAAAUCCGAAGCUCUUGCUAAGAUCAAGUCUUUGAAACGUAAGAAGCAGAAUCAUGAAAUUGAUGAGGAAGAAUUCAAUAUCGCAGUCGAGGAGGCUGUUGCUGCUGCUCCUGAGCAAGGACGCAGAGGUAACAAGAAACAGAAGGUGGAAUCCAAGUUGAACCGCAAGAAGCCUCAAAGGCCAGGAAAGAGCAAACGACACAGACGGGGUAAAUAA